CUCAUAAAGUUACAAAGCUUUCAAAUUUUUUGAAUCAACUCCUCUACAUUUUCAUACUUACAGAAAAUCACCCCGCAAUGGGUCGUCGAUUGAGAACAAAAUACAAGGUGACUUUAACAAGCAUCUUAAGUUAAAAACUGUCAUUCGCAAUUUUAUGUGUUCAAUGAUAGUCUAUCAGAAGAGUGCCAAGCUCAUAUUUCUCAGAUUCAUCCAUGGUGGUGUCCGAACCUUAUCUUCGAUGGACUCGUACAAUUAUUUCUCUCUGCUGCAGACAUGUGCCAACAUGAAAAACCAUCAACAAGGCAAGAAAAUACAUGCACACCUGAUAUUAACUGGAAAUGAAUUUGAUAUGUAUAUACAAACGAAACUUGUGGCUAUGUAUGCCAACUGUGGAAGUCUAAUGGAUGCACGCAAAGUGUUUGACAAAGUGCCUCAGCCAAACCUUUUCUUAUGGAACCUCAUUAUUGCACAGUAUGUUUUGCACGGCCGUUUCGGCGAAGCCAUCUGGUUGUACCACGAAAUGCUAAGGGCAGGUUUGGAGCCUGAUAAUUAUACGAUCCCCCCUAUUCUCAAGGCUUGUGCGCAAUUGACUGCAUUGCGGGAGGGUAUGGAGAUUCACGAUUAUAUUACCAGGAAUAAACUUGAUGUCAAUGAGUUCGUGGAAAAUGCCCUUGUUGACAUGUAUGCGAAAUGCGGAAGGUUGGGAGAAGCACGUCAAUUGUUUGAUAAAAUGUCUAAAGGAGAUGUGGUUUCUUGGAAUGCGAUGAUUGGAGGUUAUGCUCAGAAUGGGCAUUGCGAUGAGGCGAUGAGUUUAUUUGAGAAAAUGCAGGCCAUGGGUGUUGCACCAGAAUUGGUUACAUGGAAUGCCAUUAUUGCAGGACAUACCCAAAAUAACAAUGCUAAUGGAGCUUUGAAGCUCUUGAGGAAGAUGAUAGUGGCAGAUUUCAAACCCGAUUCAGUUACGGCUGCAAGCGUUCUUCCAGCAUGUGCCCGGUUAGGAACUUUGCAAUAUGGCAAGGAAAUCCACGGUUAUGCAAUACGUAAUGGUUUAGAGUCAAACGCUAUUGUGCAAAAUGCCCUUAUUGAUGUCUACGCCAAAUGUGGAAGUUCAAAUAAUGCCUAUCAUAUGUUCCACACAGUGACUUAUAAAACAGUGGUCUCAUGGAAUGCCAUUAUUGCAGGUUAUGCCCAGAGUGGAUAUUAUGAGGAAAGUUUAGAUUUCUUUCGACAGAUGCAACUGGCAGCCAUGAAACCCAACAAUGUUACACUUGCAAGUGUACUCCCUGUAAUUUCCCACCUGUCAAAUUUGCAACAGGGGAAGGAGAUCCAUGCUUACAUACUAAGAAUUGGAUUUGAGUCAUUUAUUAUAGUAAUGAAUGCCCUCGUAGACAUGUAUAACAAAUGCGGGAGUACUAGACUUGCUCGCCAAGUAUUUGAUCGAAUGCCUAAAAGAGAUGUAUUCUCAUGGACAGCUAUGAUUGCAGGUUAUGGGAUGCAGGGUAAAGGUGACGAUGCUGUCAUACUCUUCUCUCAGAUGCUAAUGUCUGGCAUGAAACCGGAUGAUGUUUCCUUUCUUGCCAUUCUAUCUGCAUGCAGUCAUUCUGGGCUGGUGGUAGAAGGUCGGAAAUAUUUUGAUAUGAUGAGAGAACACUAUGGAAUCAAUCCAAGGAUGGAACAUUAUGCAUGCAUGGUUGACCUACUUGGUCGAGCUGGCUGCUUAGAUGAAGCAGAAGAAUUCAUUAAGAAAAUGCCAAUGCAACCUAAUAUUGCUGUGUGGGCCACCUUGCUUGGAGCGUGCAGAAUUCAUUCAGCUAUUGAACUUGGAGAACGUGUGGCAGAAUGUAUUUUUAAGCUGAAACCUGAAAAUCCUGGAUAUUAUGUGCUGAUGUGUAACAUAUAUGGUGCAGCUGGGCGAUGGGAUGAUCAGGCAAAAGUAAGAAAAAGAAUGAGAGAGGACGGGUUGCAAAAGAAUCCUGGAUGGUCCAGAAUAGAGGUGAGAAAUCAGAUACACGCAUUCCAUGUGGGAGAUUUGGAGUGGUUAUAUGCCUGAAACAAUUUUACUUCUGUACAAUGAAGAGUAGCAGAAAGGAAAACAUGGUAUGGUCAUUGUGAGGAGCAUUAAUAUAUUUUAACCUAUCGCAUAAUGGCAAAAGGCACCUCUCAGCACCACAAGAAUAUAUUUGCAUGUGGUGCCCGUCACAUUGCCGGUCAAGGCAUUUACAAGAUUGUUAGGCAAGAAUCGAUAAAGAUGAUCCAAAUGAUUCGAACCUUUGAAAUAUGGAUUCUGUUUUUAUCAUAAUUAAUGCUAGCAUUAUUUGGAAGAAAAGAAAAUCAAAUCAUUUUGUAGUAACAUUGGAACUUGAUAUUCAAAGGAGAAUCGAAGGAGAAAUGCUCAAGAAAGGAAUUCCCAUUUUUCUGAUGCAACCAGCUUUCUAUCUCUUUGGCAGCAAUAGUUGUGGGUGGCUUUUCAAGGCUAAAUCCUGAUAUUCUUGGAUUGAGGCACAGUUCUCUCAUUACGAAGGUGACUUCCUCCUAUGUAUUGUACCAGCCUUCAGGUACAUUGCGGGGAGCAAGACAAUGGAUGCUGAGAGGAGGACAUCGUUGAGUGGAUGAUAUCGUCAUCCAAGGAAGAGAUUGUAGUGAUAGAACAAAGAAUGCACGUGCAGAGGAAUGGAAUGAUGGAUAGUUGGCUAAGUGUCAGGAUAACCCUAAGAAUCGAUACGAAGAAAUGAAAGAGAAAUAACCAAAUUUUGGCUCUCUGCAAGUGUUUUGGAGAAAUUUGGCUAAGUCUAGAAGCAUGUAUUGUAUAUUUUAGGAUUUUUAUCCUUCAGACUUGGAAAUGAGGUU